CCGCGCAUGCGCAUAUCUCACAUGUUCGAGUAUUUAUUUGAACCAAAAUGCUGUAUGAAAACAUGCUGCUCAGGAGUAACACAGUUUAAAUUAUCGAAACGCAACUGUCGGCAGUUUAUUUUAGUUCAUUUAUAGUACGAAGUUUACUUUAUCAGCAGUCAGAAAUGGCAAACGACAAUUCAACAAAACUAUCGAAAAAUCUCCUGCGAAUGAAGUUCAUGCAGAGAGGUCUGGACGCGGAUGCGAGGAAACAGUUGGAUGAAGAGGAGAAGAGGAUCAUUAGUGAUGAACAUUGGUUCCUUGAUCUGCCCGAGCUUAAAGCCAAAGAAAACUACAUCAUCGAGGAGAGAAGUUAUGUUCCCUGUGAGGAUUUAGUUUAUGGCAGAAUGUCAUUCAAAGGCUUUAAUCCUGAAGUUGAGCGAUUGAUGGUUCUGAUGAACACACCCAGAGAUGAAGAUGUGGACAAUGUUGAGGAUGGAGGUAUAAACAAAAUGGCCACAGAUAUAACAGAUGAAGAGAUGGCUAGAAGAUAUGAAAGUCUGGUUGGGAGCAUGAGGAACAAGUUCACCAAGAAACGAGAUCGCUCGGCAAUAAUGGAGAAAGAAGAGGACGUCAACUGUAAUGUUGUUGCUUGUAAACCAAAAAAAGCAUUCCUAAAGCCCCAGGACUGAAAUAUUUUACACACACAGUGGAGUCAGGUUUACUUUAAAUAAUUUAUUUUAACUUUUUUAGAUGUUUUCUUUAAAUAUGUUUAGUGUGAAAUACAGCGGCGAUGUUAAAAGACAGGGUUUUUAAAUGAAAGCUACAUAGUACAUGCCAAAAUAGUACGUCCUUAAAAAUGUUGAUAGCACAUGUAUUAAAUAUACCAUCUGAAGAAAAAAAAAACAAGGCCUGGGUUUGAAGAUCUGUUCUUUCAAGCAUAUUUACACUGUUCAAAUGUGCUACUGGUACUCAUGUGUAUUGUAACCUGUUGUGAUGUGCAAGGUUAGAUUUGUCUUGUACACUACCUUGUUAUUUUUUUUUAGGAGGGGUUUGUCUCCUUAAAAAUGAAAAUUCUGUCAUUUACUCACCCUCAUGUUGUUUUAAUGCUUGAUGGGUUUCUUUAUUCUUUUGAACGCAAAGGUAUUUUGAUAAAUGGAUAAGCACACCGUUGAUGGUGUGACUUACAUGGUAAGAAAAACUUUAUGGAAGUCAAAAUCCCUUUUGUUUUUGUUCAACAGAGUAAAGAAAUGUGUAAAUUGUGGCAAUAUUCAUUUUGGGGUAAACUAUCCCUUUAAAUGCUUCCAUAGCAGUUGAGUGGGGAGGUAAAAUAACAAAAACCGUGACCCUGCCUGUGAAAACCCUGCUAAAGCCAUUUUCUGGUCAUUUUAUUCUUUUUACAUAAAAUAAUUUAAUACAAUGUAUAGAAAAAUAUUACAUUUAUAUCUUUAAUAUUGACUGGAUAAGGCUAUGUCAAAGAUUUGAAAAUCAUGUUUUUGAGAAAUUCUGAAGCUAAUAUUUAAUGCAACAUCACAAUUAAACCACGACUUGCCUAUCUGUGUGUCAUAUAUCACUGAAAACACUUUUUAAGACAUUUAAAAGGUUAGCCGUGCGGUUAUUGAAAAAUAAUCAACACCCAUGGAACAUUUCUCAACCUAUCAGAACAAAGCAUUCAACAGCCCCAUGGUAUAAAUAUAAAAGAAAUAAUUUCAAGAUUUUCAUGUU